CCUCCUGGGCAUUCACCACAGGGCGGCAUGUCAAGACCACGGCCACUCCAGAAAGACAGGCACGCCAAUGCAGCUAUGACGUAGUCACGGACAAAAAAGCGAGUCACCGAGAGAACCGAACCGCCUGCCCUCAGACGGGAAAGGCCGCGAGGCGCAUAAGUCGAGCUACACCACAACGAAACAUAGCUGCAAGCACCAUCAUGCUCACGACGCGCCCAUACCUUCGCACGCGGCGCCCUUCGCCCACGACGGUCGAGUUCGUCGUCACGACGCGGCCGGUCCUCACGACACCUCUCCGGGUGCUGCUGUACACCGUCUACCUCGCGCGGGUUCUGCUCGGGCUGGGCAUCGUGCUCCUCCUCCUUGCGACGUGGGAUGCGUGUCCGUUCACCUCGAGCUUUGCCCCUCCCUUCAAGAACAACACUGCUGCUGGCAGUAGAGCACGCCUCGCGCAGCAGCAGCAGCGAGCCACGACAUCAGAUGAGUUCGUCUGGCACACGAUACACCAUGUCCUACACGCGACCACGGUCGGCAGACUCGCGCUCGAUCUCGUGGUCGCUACGGUCGGUCUUCUCUCACCUGCAGCCGCCGCCGCCGCCGCAACCAGCCCCAUGACGACGUCACCGCCAGCAGCAGCAGCAGCAGCGCCGACAACAGCGGUCCUGUUGUCCUGGCUCGCCCUCCCGCCAAUAUAUCUCCUGGCGCUGUACUACCUCGUGCUGCGACGCAUCCACACCGAGGAGCGGCUGCUCGUGCUGCGCGGGCUGGGCAUACAGACGAGCUCCUCGGCCGCCACGGUGCUGGGGAGCUCCGUCACGCGGUUCAUCCCCACGGACAAGAUCCAGGACGUGCUGGUCAACGAGGCGUUCCGUGGUUUCGAGGUCAGGCAUUACCUGAUUGUCGUCGUGGAGGGCGAGGAGGAUGUCGUGGUGGUGUUCCCCAAGCUCCUGCCCGGACCGGUGGUUGUAGAGAAGGUAUGGAGAGGGGUGAGGCGGUGCCUGUACGAGCAACACUAUCAAGGAAACGGAGUGGCCCCCAGCCGAGGAGCAGGGACGAGAUCUAGCGGCUCGACAUCGCCGGAGAAGGAAGGCUCGCCGACGAAACGUUGAUUGAAGAGAUUAUUUGCA